UAAGUUUAAUCCCUGGGUUUAUUCAUUAGAUUCUGAAGAUUUUUCCGAGGGGGCAUGUUUAUUCCGGGGGUUAGGUUAUUUGGGAAAAGGAGGUUUUGCUAUUGCAGACCUGUAAACAAAACCCAUUCCAAGGAUAAAAAUUGCUGAUAAACCAAUUAGAGAGCUUGUUAGUAGUCGCAUGAUAGAAAACAACCAAUAAGCUUCUUGCAUUUCUUCAACACACAUGAUUUCAGUAUAAAAACAAUUCCCUUUAUUCAGAACAUUGGUAUCAAAUCAAAGGAAAAUAUUUAUUGGAUAAAUCAUGCCUUGAAAAGCUGAAAAUUUGACGAAUAGCCUUGUUUUUUGUGUUAUAUAAGCUCAUAUGUUCAUCUCAGACUUUUGGCAAAAUUUCAUUUUUUAUUUCUUUUCGACCGACCGCUUUUCUGAAAAAGUCCGAGAACCAAGAAAUUAAAUGUGGCCUUAGGUAGGAACCUUCAGGCGGGAUUUUACCUCCGCACACAUAGGCCUUGAGGGUGCGCCUGGCCUGUCUGGAGGGGUCGAUGUGGAGAACGUGGCCAAGGUACCGGUGUCGUCUCCGACGGAUGGCUGCCAUCAGGUUAACGUCUGGGUGUGUUUCUGUGUCUUGGAAGUGUUUCUUUGUAAUCGCUUGAUCGUCAAUGUUGAAUACAGUAUGCCGACGAGAAAAAAAAUAACACCAUGGACCAUUACGCUUGCCACAGUUGUGGUCUUGCUGGCGCUCAGUUUCAUUGCAAUGAACAUGAUCGAGGGCCGUCUGACAACUUUAUAUACGCCUCAACAUCACAAAAUGCAGAUCAGUUUUUGCAGGAUUCCAGCUGAGGGCAGACAAGAAAACAAACGGGCAACAAAUGACACAAGAAAUACAUGCAGCCGGCCACAACAGAAAUAUAUUUUCAUUGCGCCGCACAAAGUGGGGGCCUCCACUACCUGCACGAUUUUCCAAAGAUACGCCAUCAGCCGCAAGCUACCCAUGAUGAUUCCAGUCGAGGGGAACAUCCUCUCCUGGGGCGUCUCUCCUACUGAAGAAGAGUACAUCCACACCCCUGACGAACAGUAUGACGCCCUGAUGAACCACUUCACGUACAAUAAAACUUGGUUACGGUCCAAGUUCCCAGCCAACACAGCGUACAUCUCUAUAAUACGAGAUCCAAGCAAGCAAUUGAGGUCCGCCAUGAACUAUUACUUUCUUCCAAAACUUCUGAAAAUCAAGUCGAACAACCCGUUCAAGACGUUUUUGGAGAACCCAUGGAAGUACCAGAACCUGUCUGAGGUUCACUAUGAAGGCUUCAAUGUGACCUGGGACCCCACCAGGAACUUCAUGUCCUUUGACUUAGGAUACCCUGCCGAGGCAGCGGAAGACAUGGAGCGGGCUCGAAGAUACGUCAGCGAACUUCAAGCCGACUUCACACUAGUCAUGUUGUUGGACUACUUUGAUGAGUCUUACGUUCUUCUUAAGCGCCUGAUGUGUUGGGAACUGAGAGACAUUCUAUACGUCACCAAAAACAAUCGAAGUUAUUCGUUCAAGGAAUACACACCCUCUGAAAAGGAGCUCGAGGAGCUCCGGCGUUGGAAAGCCGUGGAUUACUUACUUUAUGACACGUUCAACAAGUCCUUGUGGGAGAAGAUUGCAGCACAGGGUCCGGACUUUUAUGAAGAAGUAGAAUUUCUAAAGGACGUCAAUGGCCGCGUCAACACGUACUGUAAGGAACGACAGAAAGAGACGCCCAACCUCGUCGUGGAGACGUCCAAGUGGAACCCAUCAAUGUUUGAAGUCGACGCAGACUUCUGCCGUGUGCUGCAAGCAAAAGUGAGGGAGCUUUUGGCCCCAUUUCAAAAAGAAAAUGGGAGUCGUAGGAUGCUUGUAAGCGAAAAAAUCAACAUGAAAGCAUACAUCAGUGGACAACCAACUUUCAAAUAUGACAGUGAGCAAAAAAAAUAUCUCGAUAGGCUCGAAAACUCUAGAAUGUCAAAUAAAACAGGCAGUAAAAACUAACCUAUAUUAAAAAGAAAGGUAAUAAAUGAAACAAAUAGAAAAUGAAAUACAAAAAGGACAACGCUUUUGCAUUUUCGAACAUUUCGAACCCGUCACAAUAUCGAUGGUCCAACAAUUUACCAAUUAGAAGAAUUACGCCAGGUUGUGUAUACCGAUGUUAAAUGCCCAAUCCAAUUUUGACCUUCCCAACAAAUACCAACAUACCGAAUAUCAUCGUAAUCCAACCAGCGGUUCUUGUGUUAUGCUGACUACAAAAAUCCGAAACACAAACAGACAUACACACCAAAAACAAUAUCUCUAUUUUAUUGGAAAUAUAUAUGUUAUAUAUCUGGAGACCUUGCGGACGGAACCUUCUUUUCUUUAUUCAAAAACAUAUAACAAAGACAAUGCAAUGUGGCGCUGCAUUUAAAUUAUAAAAACUUAAUUUAACAGCGCCACAUAACAAAUUACAGAUAAAUCAAUGAACUGAGGUAAGUUAGUCAACAAAUCAGUGCGCCAAGUCCCACCACCCCAAGACAUGCAGUAAUACCAAAUAGCCUAAUUAAGUACAUAUAAUAAGGAAAAAGUAUAGUUGGGACUUAUAUAUCUACUUGACUGAUACAGUCAUGUAAGUUUGAGUGAGUUACAUCGUUUAAAACCUGUACACAGAAGGUAACAACAUGGAACCUCUGAGAAGAUAUAAUUUGGCAUUGUCUGACAUAGUAUUAAUAUUCACUCGACGACCAAGAAAAUGUGCAAGAUUGCCGAAAAAUUUAUAUCACUGAUGAAUAUAUGAUGGACAAUGAAGCAUAAGGUGCAAUACAGAUUCGCAACGACACCCCCAUCUACAGGAGGCACUGUGAUAAGUCAUCGGAUGGAAGCUUGUAUUGUGACAUUUACAUCCGCCAAAAAGGAGGUAUCGCCAAUUUUAGGGCGUUUCCUUUUGUAAGAAAAACGAUUACUAAAUGUGAUCAUAGCACUCCAUGGCCAUGCCGUAGCCUGGUUAUGUAUUCAUGUUAAUGACAAGAAUGCUAUACAUAUAAGUGUAUCCAAUAUUGAAUCAAGCGAAGGGGAGCUUAAGAUGACACGUACGCUUUCUGCUUGCCUGGUCACUACUGAGAUGGUCAAACCUGAGUCCGUCUCUUUAUUUAUUUAUUGGUUUGGCUGUUCAGGAUACACAGCCAGGGCUGCCCAACUAGCCUAUGGCUAUUACAAAGGGCUAACCCUGCUGACAAAACAGAGACAAUACAUGUGGAUUUGAACAGGAUACUAAUCAAUAACCAUUUUCUAAGUUCGUAAAGGAUAGAGGUGAAAUAAAGGCUCUUUAUUGAACCUUUAUUAGAAUCAUGUGUGAGAUGGCCCUCUCAUAAGACCACCGAUGUCCAGUGUUAUUGAUCUUUCUAAUAUGCGUUUGAAGUUAAUUGUAUUAUGACACAUACCAGACCAGUCAUGUAACGUGUUUAACCCUCAAGCACACGACCUUUUUUCUGCAACUAAAAUGACCGAGUGGGGUCCAUAUGGACCCCAAAAUGUUUUGUUUAUAAAACCUCAGUUUCAAUUCCUAUCGUUGAUCAUUGUACAUACGUGGCGGCUUCAUCAAUGUAGGAGAAAUAUUUUGACAUGUUAAGAUAUUUGGAACAACAUCUCAUUAUCAUAAUUAAUGCAAAAGAUCAGAAGAGCCAUGCUUUGCACUAUACCUAUUCUGACCAGAGAGGGGGAUUUUGAGGCUUUCA